CGGGAGCGCUGCGUCGAGCUGAUGAGACAGGGCUACUCGAUGCAAUCAGCCAGCGAAGUGAUCGGCUGCACCGCUCCCACUACACGUCGCUGGUGGAAUCGCUGGAAGAAGAUCAACGGCUGGAAGCCGUCCGAGACGUAUGCUUGAUGGGGGCGUAUUUGGAGCACCAUCGACUUCCACACGCCCCAGCUGCAUCGCACGGACGGAAACGCCGCGCGUGCUGCUGGCCAGUGUCCUGCUACAGCACCAGCCGGAGCAAUGGCGGCGCGUCGUUUUCUCUGACGAGAGAACCUUUACCGUGAAGAAAGGGAGUCUGAUCAUCUCUCGACGACGGGACUACCGCCAGAAAAGCCAUCAGAAAAGCCCCCGCUCGGUGCGAGUCUGGACGUGGAUCGACGGCGAGGGACGCGGCUCGCUACUGCGCACCGGACGCGCCGGUGCGUCUGGUCCCGCUGCCUACCGCGCCCUGCUUGAGAGUCAGUUUCUACCUGCCUACGACGAGCUGCGGCCCGACCGGUCCCGGGUUCUGCUUCACCUGCGCAAUUGGCCGAGGGCGCUGUCUUUGGACGGGCUUCUGGAAGCACAGCCGCGACUGCAGCUGGUUAGGUGGUAUCCGCGCCCGACUGAGCACAACCCGAUUGAUCAGGUUUGGGAGGAGGUGGUGCAGGAGCUUAGGAGUGCGCUGGGCGGCUUUAGUGGAUCCGUCACCAGCGAACAUAUGUGGGAGAUGCUGCAGUCGGCCUGGGAGCACGUCACACCAGAGCUGUGUGCCCGCCACGUGGACCGUCUCGCGGAGGCCAUGCGCGCCCAGCCACGCACAGCAGGGCCCGUGUGCGCAGAUAGAAGUGCUGGAAAGUCGGCGCCAAGUACCUCACAAGAUCUUGAUACAGCUUAAAAGGGGGCUAGUGACCAAUGAAAAUGAGACCAUAUCGGUCUUGGAAAAUCAUACUGGGAAAGGUAGGCGCUGCCCUUCAGGCUAUCAAAGGCUUCGAAAUUGGCCAAUAACACUUUUUAGGUUUGCAUCGGCCAGCGAUCAGUCGCUACUGCGAUGCAAGUGAAUUGACUGAUAAAUGGCGUUUAUGAUCAGUCCGAUUUGUAUUUAUGCCUCCGCCCUAUGAGACGUCGACUGUGACACUGGCAACUAUUUUCAUCGUUUCACGCAUCAGGUGACGUCGUCGUGGUCAGGAAAGUACAAAGAUGUUUUACAAUGAACUUACAAUGAACGAACGAAGAUCCGUUCAAGCACCAAUAGCAGACAGUGGGCAUGACAAGUGUUGGCCGAGGGUCAGCUGAGAGGUGCCAGCACAUUUAGUUCACGCUGUUGCACCCAGUGCGAAGAUGCUUUGAAUUGUUCAAAUCAUGUUUAUCGUAGAUUUGUAGCCUUUUGUUAAUAUGUAGUCGUCAGAUGACCUUGAACUACGACCAGUCAGUGCCGAGCUGAAGUAUUGACAAGGUAUUGUCUCUGUUUAUCGGUUUGCACUUUAGAGGAAACAUUUGAUUUGUUAUUGCAGUGGUUUUGGAAUUUACGACUUCUUUAUUUUCUUGCGUAAAUGGAACAUGUAUGAUCAGUUAAUGCUUGUUUGUGAAACACAUACCGAGUUUUGUUCAGGCCGCAGUAAAUCAAGAAGCAAAACA